AUGGAAGUGGCAAGUCCCCUUGCUGCCUUGGUUGAGAACAGCCUAACACGUAUAAACAGGCUGUUGCCACUUACAUGCGAUAUGGCGACCAACACCACUGCAGGACCUCUCGGGUUACCUAGCCAUCACUGGGAGUCGACAAAGUCGGUUCCUUCGAUUGAUGAAUUCGUUCGCCUGCACAAUCUGACCAUCGUCACCGCCGAGACCCAGGAUGCUGCACUCAUGCGAAGCUGGACCCGAGACAUAUUCACAUUCGCUCUUUUGAUCAUCCUUCUAUGCUGUGCUCUAUGUUCAGCGCUCCUGCGCGACAAAUUCGCAAGCAUAUACGAAAGACUGCGCACCAAGCCCAGUGAAUCCGAACAGCCUCUGAAAAGCGCCGCGUAUCUAGGUGUCCUUGCAUCUGCGACGAUCCUGUUCCUGCCCAUGUGGAUUGCGACGUUCGCCAUCUCGACAAACCGGGGCGCAGCUGGAGGAUGGAUCUCAGUCUCGGGGUUUACAGUACUCUUUCAUUUGGCCGUGGAAGUGCAUCGGAUAUUCGCCAUACUUGGUGUAGUCUCCUGGGUGUUGUCUCUGGUGUACAUUGUGGGGAGGUGGAAAGGAGUCACGGCCUACCUCGUCACCAAUCUCAAUGGCUGCAAAUAUCACGAUGGACUAGAUUUUCUGCAAACCGGGCGCAGAACUGCAGACUUUAGGAUCUUCAGCACCGUAGCGUUUGUACUUGCCACGCUUGUUGCUCUGUGGGGUUUGUUUCCAUGCGAUCGGGACCGGAAAUUAGGAUGGCUUCUGCUCCCCCUGGUAUUCGCGAUCUUCUGCUACGACUGUUAUGUUGCAAAUGCAGGCACGCCUUUGGUGGUGUCUGGAAAUUGUUUGCUCGUGGAGGAGAGUCCUGCUCUCGGUUUCAUGGACUCUGGAGUGAGGCUCUCCUGGAAGGUGUUGAGUUUCUUUGCUUGA